UCGUCACCAUGCCAACCGCCGUUGCUGGGGCAACCACCAUCACCACGGCAAUCAUCACCGUGGCAACCAUCAUCACCUAGGUGCAGGUGCAGGUGGUGGUGGUGCAGGUGGUGGUGGUGGUGUCCGUCACCUUGAGAAGCUUCAUGAGGCUGUCGAGCUGCUGCACGAGCUCACGGCGGUUCUCCUGCAGCGCCGACAUGCGGCGCUCCAACUCCUCCUUGCGCUGCCUGCAGAACGAUGAUGAUGAGCUGUGAAGAGGUGCGACGAGGCGAGGUGCGAGGGGGGCGCGGCGAGGAAGAGGGGCCCCCACCUGAGCAGGCGCAGCUCGGUGAGCAGGGCCGGGCUGUGGUGGUCGCGGUCGGGCGGCGCCGCCGGCGCCCGCGACGCCCGCUCGUGCUCCACACGCAGGCGCUGGAUCUCCUGCAGGAUCUCCCUGCGCCACCCACGGGCAACGCCGUUCGCCCACGUCAACGCCGUCGUCGCCAGCAUCGGUAACAUCGGCGGCACGAUCAUGGACGUCAUCGACAACAUCGAUGGCACGAUCAUCGACAUCAUCAACAUCAUUGACAACAUCAUUGACAACAUCGAUGGCACGAUCAUCGACAUCAUCAACAUCGACGGUGCGAUCAUUAACAUCAUCAACAUCGACAACAUUGACGACGCGAUCAUCAACAUCAUCGACAUCAUCAACAUCGAUGGCACGAUCAUCGACGGCACGAUCAUCGACAUCAUCGACAUCAUCGACAUCGAUGGCACGAUUAUCGACAUCAUCGACAUCAUCAACAUCGAUGGCACGAUCAUUAACAUCAUCAUCGACAUCAUCAACAUCGAUGGCACGAUCAUCGACAUCAUCGACAUCAUCAACAUCGAUGGCACGAUCAUUAACAUCAUCAUCGACAUCAUCAACAUCGAUGGCACGAUCAUCGACAUCAUCGACAUCAUCAACAACAUCGAUGGCACGAUCAUUGGAAACAUCAACAUUGACAACAUCAACUUUGGCAACAUCAACGGCGCGAUCAACAUCAUCGACAUCGAUAACGUCAACCGAACAUCAAGAUCAUCGCUAGCAUCAGGAACAUCGUCAACAUCACCACCAACCUUAACAACAGCAAUAACAUCAACAUCCUCUCGAACAUCAACACCAUCAACAACAUCACUGUCACCAACAUCACAACCACCAGCGACAGCGAAGCCCGUGUCCCGCCGCUCGCUCACCGAUUGCGACUCUCCAACUCGGCGAUGAGCUGCCGCUGAUGUUUGUUGACGUCCAUCGAGAGCGGAGAGAUCUC